UCGUCAAUCAGCUAUACUUUGUUAUUAAAAUCUUGAUGUUUUCUCUUCUUUAUGUGUAGUAACUUCGAAGUUUUUAUUUAAUUCAUGAAUAUUUCCAUAAUUAUUUAUUCUCCUUUCGAACGUAUUGUUGUUAAAUUCACAAAAUAAUGGCUACCCGUUGCACUAAUUGAUGGUGUUUGUUGAAAUUGAUGCCGAUAGUUUUAUAUGUCGAUUGUAUUAAAUGACAAAUAAUUGAGUGUAUAAAGAUGGCAGGUAUAGUGAAAAACGAGUUCAUAGUCAGUAGUAAAUAUCGACUGGUUCGAAAAAUAGGAAGCGGAUCAUUCGGAGACAUAUAUCUAGGAAUCAACAUAUUAAAUGGCGAAGAAGUAGCAGUGAAAUUAGAAUCGGUCAGAGCUCGUCAUCCUCAGCUUUUGUACGAGAGUAAAUUAUAUAGAAUUUUACACGGUGGUAUUGGUAUCCCUCACGUAAGAUGGUACGGCCAAGAGAAGGACUACAACGUGCUGGUUAUGGAUCUACUGGGGCCUUCGUUAGAAGAUUUGUUUAAUUUCUGUUCUAGGCGUUUUACUAUUAAAACAGUACUGAUGUUGGCCGAUCAAAUGAUCGGUCGCAUUGAAUACGUUCACUGUAAGUCUUUCAUUCAUCGUGACAUUAAACCAGAUAAUUUCUUGAUGGGAAUUGGACGUCAUUGUAACAAGUUAUUCUUGAUUGAUUUCGGAUUGGCUAAAAAAUACCGCGAUACACGCACAAGAUGUCACAUAGGAUAUCGAGAAGAUAAAAAUUUAACUGGUACAGCUCGUUAUGCCUCGAUAAAUGCACAUUUGGGCAUUGAACAAAGUCGACGAGACGAUAUGGAAUCGUUAGGUUACGUCCUUAUGUAUUUCAAUAGAGGUUGUUUACCAUGGCAAGGACUUAAGGCGGCAACCAAGAAACAAAAAUACGAAAAAAUUAGUGAGAAAAAAAUGUCUACCCCUGUAGAAGUCUUAUGUAAGGGAUUCCCCGCGGAAUUUUCCAUGUAUUUGAACUACUGCCGUGGAUUAAGAUUCGAAGAAGCUCCGGACUACAUGUAUUUGAGACAAUUGUUCCGUAUAUUAUUCCGAACGUUAAACCAUCAGUAUGACUAUACCUUCGAUUGGACCAUGUUGAAACAGAAAAGCGCCAACACUAGUAAUAUCAACCCGAGCAUGGGUUUACCAAGUGGUUUGACCGGACCAGAAAACGCCAACUUCCAGCAUCCGACUACUACUUAUAACCACAUAACUAGCCAGCAUAUUUCUACCGAAGCUGCUGAAAACGAAAGUAGCACCAAUGUUCCGAUUAAUAAAUGAAUCCGCUUCCAUAUUCUCGAAACGCUUCCUAAUGGAUUUUCUCCUCUACUGUUCCGUUGUUGGCAUAAUAAGAGCUAAUUGUUUUAAUGCACACAAAUACACACGCAUUGAAAAAAAAUAUAUAUACGAGAAUGGAUGUUCGUCGAAAAAAUUUGAUUUUUGUUACUCCAAAUUUUAUUUCUUAUUUUUCUCCAAUUUUUUUCUUCUUUUUUUUUGGAAACAAACUGAUACGAAUAAAAUUUUUCCUCGUCGCAUAUUUAAACUUUUUUUUUUUUGGUCAAAAUAUCGAUUGUUUUGUGUGUAGAAGAAUUGAUUGGCGUGUAUGCUAACGAUUUGAUUUUUUUGAAAUUAAUAAUUCCGCUGGUGUUUUUUUUUUCUUCACUGUCUUUCUUCUUCAGCUUUACUCUCUGUCGUCGUUCAUUUCUCGAGUAUAUAAACGCAUUAUUCGUGGUAAUUGCGCUCGCGAUUAUAUUCUACUACAUAUAAAUACUUUUAUUAAAAAAAUUCACGGUUUUGUAUGGUUUUAUUGCUGUUUUUCCAUCGUGUAUUUCUAAUCUCGACGACGACGCGACGAUGAGAUUUAUAGUCAUUUUUUAUGUUUUUUUUUCUCGUUGAGAAGGGUGGAAGGGAUUUUUCAUGCUCGAACAUAAUAAUUUUUUUCACUUUUCUAGUCUUUUCGAUGCUUAAAAAACUACAUUUUCGAGUAGAUUAUUGUUCUAGAAUAGUAAAUUUUAAAGAACAGUAAGGAAAAGAGAGAAAUUUAACAUAAAGAUAUUAAUUUUUCGAAUUUUCGAAGUAAUUAUGUUCUUCUGGAUCUUCGUUCUCUUCUCUUGUACUUACGAUUCCAUUUUUCAGCGCGUUUGGGAAUAUAGCACAAUUGGGAAUAGGUACGAAAAGAGGAGAGAAUGAAGAAAAAGUGUGCUUGGAGAAAUGCCUACUUACUUAAUUCGGUCUGCGGUGUAAUUAAACUCGAGCCCGGGGGAAAUAUCAUAUUUUUAUUAAUUUUCCUUCGAUUCGUCCUACCUCGUACUACUUGAAAUGAACAUUUAUACAUAAUAUGUGCCUCAGUGAAGAGUUGAAGCUUCUUGUUUUUUUUUUUCUGUAACUAUUAUUUUUGCAUGUUGGAAUUAUUAGCUUUGCAUGAAUUUAGUGGAUUAUGCUUCAUUUUACCGGUAAUUUGGUCAAGUUUAUGAAUUUCGCUGUACUUGACCGAACGAUGAUGUGUAUUGUAAAGCGUUGAAUUGGUAUUGAGAACAGGGUGUUCCUAAAAUUAUCGACGUUGAUAAUGGAAGGAAUAUGAUUUACAAUAGCUGUAGGUGUUUCGUAGAAGCAUAUGCGGAGAGUGUCGAUUGGCAAUAGCUUGUGAGGGCACUGAGUUCAAUUUUUUGAGCUCCCCAGUUGCUUAGUUUUUUUUUUCUUCAAAAUGAAGGACUGGAAAGAAACUGAAAGAUAAUAUCCAGAAAAUGAAUAUGUUUUUGAACUCAUCAGUGAAAAUUGACGGAUCGUGAUCAUUUCAAUUUUCAAAAUCGGACGGUUGGAGGCAUAUUGGAUUCGGGGCAUCGGGGGGGGGGGGUCGAAUUUAGUUUGAAGUUGUGGGCAUUUGAAGAAUCGACAUAAUUAUUUAUGCAGUUCCCAAAAUCUUCUAACGAGGAAAUUAUUCAUUUCUUUGUGAGAAAAAAAUCUUCGAAUUUGAUGCUUAAAAGUUGAAAAUGUUUCAUUCAGAAAAGUUUUUUUUGGUGGCAAAGAAAUUUUUGAACGUUUUUGGGUAGAGAGCUUCGAUCUUUUGAUGGAAAGAAAUCUUCAAUUUUUCAUUUUGUUUUAGUUGAAAAACCUGUAGUUUUAUUGGAUGGGGUGGGGGGAUUCAGCUUUGUGGUCAACAUCUAUUUUUAAAAAAUUCCAUUUCAUGCAUGGUGAAAAAACUUCAAUUUCCAAUGUUUGAAGUUCGGGUGGAAAAAUGUCAGUACUUACCUGUUGUGUGGCUAAUUUUUGUUGAUUUAGUGAUUAAUUUUCAGUGCUGUGUGUUUAGAAUCAUCUUUUCUGAUGGGGAAAAAUACGAUUUCUUGGUAAAAAAAAAAAACAAAAAAACAAAAACAAGAGUUUUGGUGAAGAAGAAUCUUUAAUUUUCUAGAGGAAAAUCUUUUGGUACCUAUUCACUUCAGUAAGAAACAAAAUCGUCAGUUUUGUGGUCAAAAUCGUAUUUUCAGAUGAGAAAAAUAUUCAAUUUCUUGGUGAAUGUUUGGUAGAAGAAUCUUCAAAGAAAACUUCAAUUUUUUAGGAAAAAAAACAGUGAGAAAAUUUUUUAAUUUUGUGGUCAAAAUCUUGGUGUGAGGCAUCUUUGAUGAAAAUAACUUUUCAAUUUUUCUGUGUAAAGAGUAUCAAUCCUUUUGUGGGAAAAAAUGUUCAAUUAUUUUUACUCGAAGUUUGAAACUCGUAUUUGAUGAAAAAAAUACCUAUUCGAUACGUAUUUUAGUGAUGAGAAAUAUUCCUUUUUCGGCGAAUAAAAAUCUUUAAUUUUUUAGUGAGAAAAAUCUUCAGUUUUAUGGUAAAAAUCUUCAGGUGAGAAUAUCUUUGGUGAAAAUUGGUUCCCAUUUUUUUUUUUUUUUUUUAUUAAAAGGAACUUCUAUCCAUCUUCAAUUUUUUAGUGAAAGAAGUUUGAUUUUUGAAAAUGUUAUAGGAUAGAGUUUUUCUCAUUUAAUUUUAAAUAUUUUUCUAUUAAUUUGAGCUGUUCUUUGGUGAAACAGUUUUUUGGUCAAAAUCUUCAAGUGAGAUGUUUGGUGAAAAGUAGUCCUCAAUUUUUUAGUAAAAAGAGUUAUUUAAAUCCUUUCAUACAAAGAAUCUUCAAUUUUUAGUGAGUAGGGAAAACACUGAAUUAACUUUUUUAGUGAAAAAAUCUUCACUUCGGUUUUGUAGUUAAAAUAUUAAAGUGAGAACAUCUUUUGUGAAAAUAAGUUUUCAAUGUUUUUUGAAUAGAGCUUCAAUUCUUUUGUGGGAUGAAAUCUUCAACUUUUAGUUUGAUAAAAAAAACACAUUUUUUUGUGAAAAAUCUUCAUUUUCCAGUGAAAAAAUCUUCUAUUCUUUUCAAAAAAAAAAAGAGCUUCGAUCAAAUCUUUGGUGAAAAAGAAUAUUUAAUGUUGUUGAGUGUUGAAAUUUACAGUUUUUCACUGAGCAAGCUCUUGAGUUUUGUGAUGAAAAUUUCCAGAUGAGAACAUCUUUGGUGAGAAUGUCUCCAAUUUUUAGUUUGAAAAACAAUGAAAUUUUUAAACAAAAAAAGAAAGUAGGUAGUAGAAAAAUAAUGAUGGUUUUUUAGUGAAAAAAUGAUGGUUUUUUAGUGAAAGAAAUAAUGAUUUUUUUAGUGAAAAAAAUGAUACUUUUUACUUAGUGAAAAAAUGAUACUUUUUUAGUGAAAAAAUGAAACUUUUUUAGUGAAAAAAAUGACGAUUUUUUAGUGAAAAAAAUGAAACUUUUUUUGUGAAAAAAUGACAAUUUUUUUAGUGAAAAAAUGACCAUUUUUUUAGUGAAAAAAUGACCAUUUUUUAAGUGAAAAAAUGACUAUUUUUUAGUGAAAAAAUAACUAUUUUUUUUAGUGAAAAAAUUACUAUUUUUUUUAGUGAAAAAAUGACUAUUUUUUUAGUGAAAAAAUGACAAUUUUUAGUGAAAAUAAUGAUAAUUUUUUAGUGAAAAAAAGAAUAAUUUUUUGGUAAAUAGAACCAUAUUUUGUGAAAAAAAAUUUUUCAGUGAAAAAAGGGUCAUCUUUUUGGGGGGGGGGGAGGGGGGAAUCUUCAAUUUUGUGAUUCAAAUUUUUAGUGAGAUGGUAGGUAAUUCUCAGUUUUUAUUUGAUAAUUUUCAGUUUUUUGGUGAAAAUCUUCAAAUGGGAACGUAUUUGGUAAAACAAAAUCUUCAACAUAUUUUUUGGGGAGAAAAAACUUCAAAUUUAAUCUAAAAGAAACUCGAAGCUUCCAAAAAUCUGCAAAGGACUGUGUUUGAACGUUAUAAAUAAGAUGCACAUCUCCCCCCCCCUUCCCUUAUCUUCGAUUCUGACUGCGAAAUUGAGAUCUGAUCUGUAUUAUGACUUCUUCACCCCCUUCCCCACCCGGGCUUCCAAUUAAGUAUUCCAUACUGCAGUUAUAAAUGUUGACUGUAUAAAGAAUGAAAUAAGUCCAUUGUUGCCAAUUCCAAAAUUACAGAAUCGAUAAUAAUUUCGAAUCAUUCUGCGAAUGUUCAAAAACAUCGGUAGUAUGGCAUGACGCUUUGUUUUUGUAAACAAAAUCGUAGCAUAAUUAAUUAUGGAACACCCUGCGCUUGUAUCGCUUUCAAAGGAAAUAUUUAAUUGAUCUAAUACGCGGAUUAAAUAAUGAAAAUUCUCAGCUUACGACGAGCUGAUUAAAUUAUUGCAUUGGCUUGUAACUCUGAUGAUGAUGUAGUAUGGGAUAAAUACAUUUAUGUGCAGUAACGUCGGUCUUUAUUUUUAUCUGUAUGUACUGUAAUUUAAAUGAUUGUACAAUUGUACAUACAAAACUAACGAAAAAAUUUAUUCAUUUUUUUCGAAGAAUUUUUUUCUUUUUGUUUACAAAAAUAUUGCAUGAAAUAAAUUACUCGAUGGGUUUUUUUCCUUCGUCUGUUUCUCGUCUGCAUCGACGACAACAACAACAGUAAUAAUUGGUCAACGUGUGUUUUUUUCGUCACGUUUCAAUAAUAAAAUGUAUUUUUCUUGUUUUCUGUUGUAGGAUUUAACAAAAAAAGUGUAAAAUAGCAUUUUUUCGGAUCUUCGUCGCAACCGUGUUUUUAUUGCAUAAAAGAAUAAACGUUUGUUAUUAUUA